GUUAUGACAGUUGCUGAGGUACCUUUUGAGGAGACAUGACCUGACUCAGAGGUAGCUUGAAGAGCCUCUGCAUCACUGAGUGGUUUUGGCAGGGGGGACAGAGAGCCUGGUAAAAUCUACAACUGGGCGUUAAUGGGAGUUAUUGCUGAUGACACAUAGAGAGAGGCGGAGGACUGAGACUUGUGCACCGGAGAGAGAGAGCUAUUAUGUCUGCAAGAGAUGUUUGUACAGUGCAGACAUACCACCAUCAUUCUCUAUUGGGACAAUUUGCAGUUUAUUAGUGGAAGAGACAUGUCACUCCAAGAGUUAUCGUUCAGAAGCUCUGAUAUCAUGUCUGUGAGCUCUCAGACAUUUCCUCCGGGAGGGCCUAAUGGGAUUCUUAGAAGUCAGUCAUUUGCCGGCUUCAGUGGCACUCCUGAGAGAAGGUCUCGAUGUAAUUCUUUCCUCGGGAACUCUUCUGUUCCCAAAAAGCCUCAAGCAAAACAGAAGAAAAUGCACAGUCUUGGCCACAAAAAUAGCAGCGCUUCCAAAGAACCUCAACCAGAAAGAGUAGAAGAAAUAUACAGCGCCUUAAAAAAUGGUCUUGAUGAGUAUCUUGAAGUUCAUCAAUCCGAGCUAGACAAGCUGACAGCACAGCUGAAGGACAUGAGGAGAAACUCAAGACUGGGAGUGCUAUAUGAUCUGGAUAAGCAAAUCAAAACAAUUGAACGUUAUAUACGAAAACUGGAAUUCCAUAUGAGUAAGGUGGAUGAGCUGUAUGAGGCCUACUGCAUCCAGAGGCGCCUACGGGAGGGGGCAAGUAAAAUGAAGCAGGCAUUUGCUGCAUCACCCUCAAGCAAAGCAGCUCGGGAGAGUUUAUGUGAAAUAAACAAGAGUUUUAAAGAGUACACUGAGAAUAUGUGCACAGUUGAAUCUGAAAUGGAAAACCUAUUGGGGGAAUUCUACAUCAAAAUGAAAGGUCUAGCUGGCUUUGCCCGACUCUGUCCAGGAGACCAGUAUGAGAUAUUUAUGAGGUAUGGACGCCAGCGAUGGAAACUAAAAGGCAAAAUAGAGCUGAAUGGAAAACAGAGUUGGGAUGGUGAAGAAAUGUUUUUUCUUCCUCUGAUUAACAGUUUGAUAUCAAUUAAGGUGACAGAACUUAAAGGGAUUGCCACUCAUCUGCUGGUUGGAAGUGUUACUUGUGAAACAAAGGACUUGUUUGCUGCUCAUCCUCAAGCUGUUGCUGUUGAUGUAAAUGACCUUGGCACAAUAAAACUUAAUCUUGAAGUAACCUGGUGCCCAUUUGACACAGAGGACCUGACACCAUCCACAGGCAAUGUCAACAAAGCAUCCGCAGUCCAAAGAAGAGUCUCCAUAUACAGCCAGGGCACUCCAGAAACCCCGACAUUUAAAGACCAUUCCUUCUUCUCCAAUUUGCAAGAUGAUGUUUUCGAUUGUGGCGUGGAAUCCAUUGAUAAAAGAGCCCUCUCCCUAAGUUUUGAUGACUUGCCUAAUGGUGACUCUACACCACCCAGAUCUACUCCCUCUUCCUCUCUGGGCUACUCCAAUCCUGAAAUCACUGUCACCCCACCAGAACAUAACCUCAGUGACCUGUCGUCAGAGGAGCCCUUGAAGGACGAUUUGACUUUAGCAGAGUCAUGUAGUCGAAUGCAGGACUCACAGUCCCAUACAGAGUCUGUCUGUGAAGGCGAGGAAGCCUUAGUAGGAGAUAAGUCAGAUGUGUCUGCUUGCCAAAGUUAUCCACCCAAUGCGGAUGAUAAAAUGUUUGUGGAUUCAAAUGUCUCCGUGUCAAUUUUGCAAGACUCAGAUGAAGCUUCUGAGCUGAAGCCUGUGGAGCUGGACAAUAGUGAAGGGAAUAUCACUAAACAGCUGGUAAGAAGGCUUACAUCAACCGAAAUACCUGCUGUUCCACAGAGAUUCCCAUCUGAUUGCUCCAUGUGCAGUGAAGCUGAAGCCACAGGGUCCUAUUUAGAUGGAAGUUUAGAAGAAUCUUUGCAAGGACUUCUCCUGACCCUAGAGCCUUGUAAAGACCAAUAUACAGAAUAUCAAGAAUUGUACCAGGAAAUCACACACCUAGAAGAUGUUCUAAAAUGCAAGCCAUCUGUAAACCGAAGCAGGUCUUCCAGUGUAAGUCUAACAGUUGAGAGCGCUUUAGAGAGCUUUGAUUUCCUGAACACCUCUGACUUUGAUGAUGAUGAUGUUGAGGAAGAUGGUUGUGGAAUGGUUUGUAAUGGUGGAGGUGCAGACUCAGUCUUUACAGACACCGAUGUGGAGAAGCUAAGUUACAGAGCCCAGCAUCCAGAGGCUAGGGGACACCUGAGCGAGGCAUUAACAGAAGACACUGGUGUUGGUACCAGUGUGGCAAGCAGCCCCCUACCACUCACUACAGGAAAUGAAAGCCUGGACAUCACACUGGUCAGGCAUCUGCAAUACUGCUCCAAACUCAUUAAGAAAAUUAUUAUCUCGAGUCAAGUGGUGUUUGUUCUGAGAGAUCUUAAGAAGAAACUGAGUAGUCAAAGCCAGGUGAUCAAGCGGCUAACUGACAUCAGCAGAGAGAAUAUGGACAAUACAAAUUCAAUUCUAGAUGUUAUCACUGGAUUCAAUGAUAUGCCGUCCAUUUUAUCUUUUUGGAGGAAAUGCUGUUCCCCCGCGUACAUGUAUCACACCACGGCUGACAGGAUGGUAAAACAGCUGGAUGAACAUUUUAGCCAACCUGGAAAUGUGGAGAGCCUGGGACUUGAGGAGACAGUUUUCAGAAUGCUGAUCGCUCAAAUUCUAGAUAAAGCAGAGACCACGCUGCCAUCUAAUUUGUCUGGAGAAACCAUUACAGUUUUCCAGUAUUAUGAUUUUUUCAGUAGCCAUAAUGUCACAGAUCUCCAAGGUUAUUUGAUUCAGCUUACUAAGGAAGCUUCAGCUGUGCAGAUGCUCCAGAGCACGACGGACACAUGUUUGGGUGAUAAAAUGACAGAUCUGGCUUCAUGCUCCCAGCCUUAUUGCCAGGAAAUUCUUACAUCUUUAACAUUGCUGCUGUCUGAAAAUGAGAGUGAUGUCAGUCAGGCGCUGUCCUUACUUUCCACUGCUGCUUCCAAAUCACAGGAGUUCCGAGAAAAGGCUCUGUUAUACUAUAGCAAGGCAUUGAUUCAGCCUAAAGUUCACCUGCAGAAGGCUGCCUGCCUGGCUGUCAGAUGCCUUCAGGUUACCGAAAGCAUUAAGAUUCUUGUCCCACUUUGUCAGUCAGAUAAUCAAGAGCUCAGAAAAGCUGCAUCAGAAUCACUGGUGUCUCUAGGAGAAGAUGGAUAACAUGCAUAUGAAAGCCUUGACAAAGCCACUCCAGAAGUGCUGAGGACAGAAGAUCACAUAACACCUCCUAUUGCCACUGUGUUUUAGUGCCCUCUGAAUUAACACUGAGCGUGUAAAGAAAUUACUUUGCUUUCAGAAGAUGGUGCUGUGUCCAUGACAAGAACUAAUGCUAUGUAAACUGGCCAGGGGUCAUAUCUGAUUACUAUAUAUUUUAGUAUGUAUUUGUGGACCAAUGUAAAUUUAGAACAGAGCCUAAAUAUAUUUGCUAUGUUGCAGAAUGAUA